ACUCAUCGCAAGACUCGAUCUUGAUCCUUCUUCCUCCUCCUCCUCCUGCCUAGCUCCUCCCAAGAACACCAGAAAGCACCAGAGACUGGCUGAUCCAUUCGAACGUUUGGCUGGAUUGGAGCGUGUGGAUAUAUAGCAAGAAAGGGAAAGGAAUCGUGCAGCGAGGUAGAGAUUUUAAUUGAUUUGAUCGAUGGAGCAGGUGCUGAACGCGGUGAUGGACCUGGUGGUGCCGCCGGCGAGCAUGGUGAUGCUGGCGUUCGCCUGGCCGGCGCUGUCGUUCCUGCGCGGGGUGGAGUGGGUCGUCAAGACCCUCACCGUCGAGAACAUGCACGACAAGGUCGUCCUCAUCACCGGCGCCGCCUCCGCCAUCGGAGAGCAAAUCGCGUACGAGUACGCGCGGAGGAACGCGAACCUGGUGCUUGUGGCGAGGAGGGAGCACCGGCUGUUCGCGAUACGGGAGAGCGCGCGGGCGCUCGGCGCUGGCCAGGUCCUCGUCAUCGCCGCCGACGUCGUCAAGGAGGACGACUGCCGGAGGCUCGUCGGCGACACCAUCAGCUACUUCGGCCAGCUGAACCAUCUGGUGAACACCGUGAGCCUGGGCCAUGAUUUCUGCUUCGAGGAGGCCGGCGACACGGUCGCGUUCCCUCAUCUCAUGGACGUCAACUUCUGGGGGAACGUGUACCCGACCUACGCCGCGCUCCCCUACCUGCGGCGGAGCCAUGGCCGCGUCGUCGUCAACGCCGCCGUCGAGAGCUGGCUGCCCAUGCCCAGGAUGAGCCUAUACUCCGCGGCGAAGGCAGCGGUGAUCAACUUCUACGAGACGCUCCGGUACGAGGUGGGCGACGAGGUGGGCAUCAGCGUGGCGACGCACGGCUGGAUCGGCGGCGAGGCCACCGGCGGCAAGUUCAUGCUCGAGGAAGGCGCGGAGAUGCAGUGGAAAGGGGAGGAGCGAGAGGUGCCGCUCGCCGGCGGGCAAGUGGAGGCGUACGCGAGGAUGGUGGUCGCCGGCGCGUGCCGCGGCGACGCCCACGUGAAGCACCCCAGCUGGUACGACGUCUUCCUCGUGUUCCGCGCCUUCGCGCCCGACGUCCUCGCCUGGACCUUCCGCCUGCUGCUCUCCACGGCGUCACCGUCACCGCCGGCGAGCGCCCGCCGCCCGCUCGCUGCUCCGGCGCAGCCCGCCGCGCUGCCGGCUCCGCCUGCCCGCCCAUUGCUGGAGUACCCGCCGGCCCGGAGCCCGGGACGCGCCGCCGCCGUCCAGCAGCACAAGCUGGAGUGA